GAGGCAAAAUGGCGGCGGCGGCGCGAGCCCUGUGCCGCCUCCGCUCCCCACGCCCGGCCCUGCGCGGCGGUGCCCGGCGGGGCUGAGCUGCCGCGGCCCGGCUGAGCUGCCCCGGCCCCGCCGCCCCCUUCCUCCCGCGCCGGCCCAGCCCCGGGCCAUGCCCGGUUAGCUCCCGCCUCCCCUGCACACGGCGGGGCCCCGGUUGAGCCUCCUCCCCGCUGCGGCAGGUCAGACCGAGUCGAACUCUCGCACCUCCGCCCUGCCAAGCCCAGGGGGCCCUCAUGGCCGGCCUAGCCCGGUCCCGGCCCUGAGCGACCCGCGCCCCCCCGAGCGGUGACCUCCCCUAUGCGCCCCGCGGGGCCGCCCCGCCGCUGAGCCCCGGAGCCGCGACCCUUUUCCCGGAGGUGGUGGCGCAGGUGUGGGACCAGAAAGAUGUUCUCGGCCCUGAAGAAGCUGGUGGGCUCGGACCAGGCGCCAGUGAGAGACAAGAACAUCCCCGCGGGGCUGCAGUCCAUGAACCAGGCUCUGCAGCGGAGGUUCGCCAAGGGAGUGCAGUACAACAUGAAAAUUGUCAUCCGAGGGGACAGGAACACUGGGAAAACCACCCUCUGGCACCGGCUGCAGGGGAAGAAGUUCAUUGAGGAGUAUAUCCCAACUCAGGAGAUCCAAGUCACCAGCAUCCACUGGAACUACAAAACCACUGAUGACAUCGUUAAAGUUGAAGUCUGGGAUGUUGUUGACAAAGGAAAGUGCAAAAAACGAGGAGAUGGUUUGAAGCUGGAAAAUGACCCUCAGGAGGCAGAGUCCGAGCUGGCUCUGGAUGCAGAGUUCCUGGAUGUCUACAAGAACUGCAAUGGUGUAGUGAUGAUGUUUGACAUCACCAAGCAGUGGACAUUCAACUACAUCCUGCGGGAGCUGCCCAAGGUGCCCACCCACACGUGCCCGUGUGUGUGCUGGGGCAACUACCGGGACAUGGGGGAGCACAGAGUCAUCCUGCCCGCCGACGUGCGCGACCUCAUCGACAGCCUGCACCGGCCUCCUGGCUCCUCCUAUUUCCGCUAUGCUGAGUCUUCCAUGAAGAACAGCUUUGGCCUCAAGUACCUGCACAAGUUCUUCAACAUCCCUUCUUGCAGCUGCAGGAACUGCCUUGUUCGAGUGACGCCGCAGGGCCACGAGGCCUUGGUGACUGACUUUGGGCUGGCCAGAGAGGUGGUGGAGCUGCCUGUGAAGGAUGUGGAGAGGAAGCUGUCUCUGGUGGGCUCUGCUUUCUGGAUGGCUCCUGAGAUGCUGCGGGGGGAGCCCUAUGACCGGAAGGUAGAUGUGUUCUCCUUUGGCAUUGUCCUGUGUGAAAUUCUGGGCAGGAUCCCAGCUGACCCUGAAGUACUCCCCAGGACUCAGGAUUAUGGCUUGGAUGUUGCUGCCUUCCAGGGGAUGAUUGGUGAAUGCCCUAAGCAGAUGAUAGACCUUGCUGCUGGCUGCUGUCGGGUGGAACCAUUUAAGCGGCCAUCUUUCUCUGAGGUCCUGGAUGAGUUGGAGGAUGUCGCAGAGAGCCUGGAACCUAGCAGGGACAAUCAGUUUUAAGACUAAUCUGCCUGCCUCCAGUAAGGCUUGUCAAGAGGAUCACCCAAACUGUAAAUCAGCUCUCUGGUGGGGUGGAGAUAUGUCAGGAGUGAAAAAGGAAGGUGGAGAAGGGAAAACUAAAUGAUGCACUGAUGUUUAUUUAAUCAUAGUCUUGCUCUCUAUUUUUUUUGUGGUAGAAAACAGGGUUAAAACUGAAGAAAGGUCUUGCCAAGAGUUUCCCCUAGAUAAGGGUUUUAGAAAAUGUAACCAGGACAUUGAGCAUGUUUGCUUCUUAAAAGCAAAUGACUCUGGAGAGGCCUGAGCUCCCCUGAGGAUGCUUUCCAAAUUGCCAGCAGAAAUAUUAUCCUCUCCUGCUUUCCCAUGCCCUUAAUCCCAGGAUCUUCCCUUUCUUCAUCCCCAUGGCCUUGGAGAAUCACCUCUUGUGGGGCUGGGGCCUAUCCACUGUGAGGGAGAGGGGCUUUGGGAUGCUGGGGAAGCCUGAGAGUCACCUUAUAUUUCAAAGCCUUAAACACCUGUUCAUCCUAUUCCAGCCAUACAGGAACAAGCAUGCUCUCUAAGGUAUGGGUCUCCUGACAUCAUGCUCAGGGUGCACCCAGCCACAGAUGUGGCAAGGUUGUGGAGUCAGCCAGGGCCACUCACAGCAUGCUGAGCUGCACCAGCCAAGGAGAUGGAGAGGCUGUGCCUUCCUGAGACACCAAGUGACUGAUGUCUGCUCUCAAAAGAACUUUGUCAGACACAUGGCUCAGCAUUGUGGUGGUCUGGAUUUCUUCCUGCUUGCCCUCAACUGGGGCUCAAAGAUGUAGGGAUCUGCCUAUCCACUGCUCCUGCUUCAAACAUGGCAGUGAGCAUGGUGUCAACAGCUUGUGAGGCCAGAUCAGCAGAGAGCUGAGCUCAUUUUGCAGCCCAUCAUGCAGCAUCUCACCCAUUUUUCAUCUGGUUGCUGGACCAUUGUUCUGAAAAUGUAUUCUCUUGGGACUAAUAUAUUUGUGGGUUUAGAUAGGUGUGAUGUUUGUGCAGUGGUGGAACUGUGACUCGGUUCUUGUAGACUGUAAGCUCUUGGAGGAAGAGCCAUUCACCUGUCCACUAGAAGGUACUUGUAAGGUGUUUAGCCCAGUGGGCCUUCAACUGCCUGAAAACUCAAAGAGCUGGAAGGCUCUUCUCCCACAUCGGUAACUGGAAUCUCACAGAGAUCAUACUUUGGAGCCUUAUCUCAAGGUCUUGGAGAUGGAUUGGGUGUCACAGACAGCCCCAGGUCUUUGUGUAUUGGUGCCUGUGCAAGGACCAUGUUGUAUUUUCACCAGAGAUAGUAAAGAAUUGGAAGAUGUCAUGAAACAUACUGAACAGCACCAGGGUUACCAGCCUAGCCACAUCUCCCAUGGCAUCUGCAGCUCCUCACUCCCUAGUGGUGCUGUUGUGCUUUUGUAGGACACUGACUUACCAUACAGGAAAGCUCUUGCUCGACAAACUGCCCAGCAAAUCCCUUGAUUGCUGGUGGAUACUGCCAGCAAAGCACAGCCUUGAGAGGCAGAAGACUGAAAAGGGAAACUUUUCCACUUAGAGAAGGGAGAGUGGCUACUUUUUGACUUUUUCCAGUUUGGGACCUCAGACCAGUGGAGUGAAAUGGACUGUGCAGUGCAAACAGCAGUUGAGUGAGAUCUUCAGUGAAAGCUGGCCACUACCAGCAUCACAGCAAUGUCUUGGAUGAAAUUCACAGGGUGUGCAUUUGUCUACCAAGUAAUGGACCUGAGGAGCUAAUUGGAACCUCCUGAGGCUUUUGAGGCUGCCCUGGGCUCUUCUCUAGAGGAACAGAAUUGAGAACAAGGCAUCUAACAGUAAGUCCUAAUCCCCAGAGCUUUAAGGAUGGAAAGCCUCUUCCUAAGGGUGUUACGGAAGAUGGGCAGCUGUCUGCCUCAGGUACUGGCUACCAGCAUGGCUUUCACAAAGCCUUUCCCCAGCCUUCCCCACACUGCCUGCUCUGCAGUCUCUUCUUCCUCUGCCUUCUGCACUAGAAUAGACUACAGGAAGAUUCCUUAAUGUAUUAAUCUCUCAAAUGGCCUCCUAUGUGGUGAGAUUAGGAGGAUGUCAUCAAAACCUCUGCCUUGGACUUCUGGAGGGCUGACUGUGAUCUCUUCUGGUUCAGCGAGAGAGCAGGACCGAGGCUAGCUCAGCUGGAACGCGCUUUCUCGAAGCUUUUUCUCCUCCAUUUUGCGGCUCGCUCGAUCGGAGGAGCCCAGAAGGGGAGCAGGGAGGCAGCAGGCGCAGCAAGCUACGGUGCCUGGCGAGUGGUGAUUUAAACGAGGAGCGGCAGCGGCAAUGCCACAGCCUAGUUCGGCAGGAGAGCAGCCUGCUGCUGAGCCCAGCCUGGUUCGGCCGGAGAGCUGGUGGAUGAGAAGCUCAGCAUGAGGCACUACUGUGCACUGGCAGCCCAGAGAGCAACCAGAGCUGCAGCAAGAGCAGUGUGAGCAGAGGGCAAGGGAGGUGAUUCUGCCUCUCUGCAGCCUCUGCUGUGAUGUCACCUGAAGCACUGUGCCCUGCUCUGGAGCCCCUGGGACAGGAGAGAUCUGGAGGUGCUGGAAGGUGUCUAGAGGAUGACCACGAGGAUGAGCAGAGGACUGGAGUUGAGACAGGCUGAGAGAGUUGAGUUUGUUCAGUCUGGAGAGGAGAAGGCUCUGAGGAAACCUUAUUGUGGCUUUCCAGUGUCUGAAGUGGGCUACAGGAAAGCUGGGGUGGGAUUUCUUAGGGAGUCAGGUAGUGACAAGACUGGGGGGAAUGAAGCAAAACUCGAAGUGGGGAGAUUCAAGUUGGAUGAUAGAAAAACAUUCUUCACCAUGAGGGUGGUGAGAGACUGGCACAGGUUGCCCAGGGAGGUGGUGGAAGCCUCAUUCCUGGAUGUUUUUAAGGCCAGGCUAGAUGGAGCUCUGGACAACCUGGUGAGGUGUCCCUGCCAGCAGCAGGGGGAUUGGAACUGGAUGAUCUUUGAGGUCACUUCCAACCCUGAAAAUUCUGUGGUUCUGUGAAAAGAAGAUCUGGGUUAGUCCUGCUGCAGGGCAAGGCAAACCCAGUCAAGAGAGAGCUUUUGCUCAGGGAGCUGAGUAACCUCAGAGCAGCCCAAGCUGUGCCUCCAGGCAGCUUAAUGCGGGUAAGAACAGACAGUGAAUGAAGUGUUUGAUGCUAAGCAACUCUGAUGCACAUGGUGUGGAUGGUAGAGAGUAAGCAUUGGAUAUGUCCUGGUUUGUCUAGGGUAGGGUUAAUUUUUACAAGAACCUGAGAAGGUCCACAUCCAGGCUAGCAGCUGGAUCACCCCAGUGAGAACAAGCUUCUGGGCAGUGAGCAGCUGCUUUGCACAUCACUGACUGUAUCUGCUGUCUCAGGAGUGGUGGUGUUACUCCUGUCAUUUCAUUUAUCUUUUUGUUAUUCUAUUAAAUUGUUCUUAUCUUA